CAUUUACGCUGAGAUAGCUCGACAAUGGGGAGUAUUUUUACGAACAGUGGGCUUUCCAGCCGGUACGAUGAUUCCAGGCUGAACCUAGCCUCAUCGAACGAUAAAAUCUCAUCCUUACCCAACACAAAUUACUCCAUCAUCCCUACAAAUAAUUCUCCUAUAAAUAAAAUGAUGGAUAUGGUGGGGGCCAACGGCCAACAGACCGCCAAUUCGCUCCAGAACCGUGUGGGGAAACUCAUUAAAUACGAGAAAAAAGUCAUCAAGCAGCAGGUCGAAUUGAUAAAGGAGAUUACUUCGUGGCUGAAUAUUGUCCCGAACGAAGAAGCUUCCCAGUUAUUGACUGAAUUCAAAAAGUGUAUCGAAGCCCAGCGGGAUAUCGAGGAGGAGUUGGUGCAUCGCCAGGAAAAUGUCCAACUUCAGUUGACCAACGUCCAGAAACGCGAAAAAAAGAAUGUUGAGUUGAAGGCAAAACGUAAUAAAAUGGCCAGGCUGCUAAGAGACCAGGAGAGCAAGAGUGGUACGACUACAAAAACCACGUUGACGAAGGAGUCUCUCGAAGAAUUAGAUCUCUCAGCCGAUGUGGUGGAAGAACAGUACGUUCGAGCCAUCAAUACGUCGUUAAAAAGUGCCCUCGUUGAUUAUGUUUUCAGUUUGCAAUCGAUUUCGGCAAAACUUAGAGAGACUUCGGGGGCGUUCUUUUCCUAUUUAAACAGCAAUCCCUCCAUAAACUACAAGAAGAGCAUCUUUGGGGGCUUGGACAACGGGUAUCUACCCCAAGCCCGCACUCCAUAUGCCAACGAUACCGAGAACAUUGGAGCUGGGAACUAUAGACCUUUGAAGGACACAGUCGUUUUCCCUUCCACUCCACCCUUGAAACCACACAAUCUGUUUCUCAAGCCUAAAUCGAGACUAGCCACCCGUGCCACCACACACGACGGAACCUGUGUUGACUGUUUACACCAUACCGAUGCCCUGGUUAAACGAAGCAAUUCGUGUCUUCAUCGAGCCCAAACUCGGAAUGGAGAUCUGUCCAAAACGCUGGCAGAAGAAAAGAGUCAUUACAUUGCUCCGGGUGGGUUGGCGGGGUUCCGGGUCGAGGGAAUGGGAAAUCAUCAAGAAUGGAGUUGACUGCGGGGUGAAACAGUAAGACAUGUUAUUUUCGGUCAGUAAAAAAGAUAU